UAACUAUUACUCGUAUCACUCCAUUCCAAAUAAAUUAAUAGGUUUUCCUGCUGUGUAUUCCUUAGUGCGUAUGCGUGUUGUACAGCAGAGUGACUUAUUUCUACGAGGAGGUAUUUCUCGCGACACCGGCGGUCACCGGCCAGGGCCAUUCUCCCUCAUCCAAACUUUGCUAAAGGGGUUAGCAUGCCUAGCUUCUAAUCUGUGGACCUGGGUUUGAGUCAGCAUGCAGCCUACCAGCUGUUCAUCAUCCCUAUUGGCCUGGUAGAUAAAUGGGUACCUGGGGAAGAUGGGUCGCCAGCUCAUAACUCAGGGGGCUGAAGGACGUGUGUACAUUGCUGACUGGCUGGGCCACUCUGUCAUAAUCAAGGAGAGAUUCGCCAAGAAAUACCGUCAUGCCGAUUUAGACACCCAUAUAACCAAUGAGCGAAUCAAGGCAGAAGCUCGAGCUCUCACUCGAUGCCGUUCACUUGGCAUUAGAACUCCAGCUGUUUAUGAUGUUAAUUUUGAUAAAAGAGAAUUAGUUUUAGAGAACAUUGCUAACAGCAUUACAGUUCGAAACUAUAUUUAUUCAGCAACUGAAAGAGGUCUCUCCAUGGAUAGUGGUGAUAUGUUAAAAUUAGCAGAGAAAAUUGGAAAAAUAUUGGCCAAGAUGCAUGCUAAUCAUAUCAUCCAUGGAGACCUUACCACAUCAAAUAUGCUGCUUGUUCAGCCAUAUGAUUCUUCUGAGGUCAUUCUUAUUGACUUUGGACUAAGCUCUGUUGAGGAGCGUGCAGAGGACAAGGCUGUGGACCUGUAUGUCCUGGAACGAGCUGUCCUUAGCACUCAUCCAAACACUGAAGCUUUUGUCUCACACUUGAUUUCUGCUUAUGAAAAAGCAGGUGGUAAUGCAGCAGGAGAUGUUGUAAAGCGCCUUGGGGAAGUUAGAACUAGAGGAAGGAAAAAACUGUGUUUUGGCUGAUUUUCUAAUGACUGAGUUUUCAAAGGCUGUAAUAUCAAGUUGUAGUUCCUUUGUCCUUUUUCUCAUAUGAAAACAUAAUGUUAAAUUUGUAUGAAAACUACCAGAACUUAUUACUCUUUUUGGUUAAUUAUUUUAAUGCAUUUUUUGUAAUUUAAAUAUAUUUCAAUAAAUUAAUUAUUUGUA